AUGCCAUGUAAUUUGAAAACAAGAUACAUCCCAGCAACUUUUGCAUGGACGUUACUCCUUGUUACCACUUCCUUGUUUUUUUAUUUUCCGUGCCAGUACUUCAUUUUUAAAUAUCCAUGGGUACCCGCAUGCCAAGGGAUUAUUACAUUCUUCGUACUUGCCAAUUUUACAUUGGCGACUUUUAUGGAUCCGGGGGUGAUUCCAAAAGCAUCACCUGACGAAGACAGGGAAGAUGAUCUAAGAUCACCACUUUAUAAAAAUACAGAAAUAAAUGGUAUCACGGUUCGGAUGAAGUGGUGUGUAACCUGUAAAUUCUAUCGCCCUCCGCGUUGUUCUCACUGUAGUGUUUGUAAUCAUUGUAUCGAGACGUUUGAUCACCAUUGUCCAUGGGUCAAUAAUUGUAUUGGAAGACGCAACUACAGAUACUUCUUUUUUUUCCUUGUGACCCUUAGCAUACAUAUGGCUUCCAUCUUCGGUCUUUGUUUGGUUUAUGUGCUGUUCAACAAAGAGCGAUUGACUGAAGUCACUACUAUUGUUUCUGUUGUUAUUAUAGGUAUUAUCACGUUACUUUUUAUACCAAUCUUUGGUUUAACUGGAUUCCAUAUAGUGUUAGUCGCAAGGGGAAGAACCACGAAUGAGCAGGUUACUGGCAAAUUCAGAGGAGGUUAUAAUCCCUUCUCUCAAGGUUGCUGGACUAAUUGCUUCUACUCUCUUUGUGGGCCUCAAUUCCCGAGUUUGUUAAAGCCAAACCGUUACGUGGGGAAGAAGAAAGACUGCCCUGCCAUCGCAAUGAUUGCUGCUCAUGAAAAUCAGCAGGUGAAAACGUACAUGGACACGAGUAAUGGCGUUCGAGGAAACAAUCCGAACGCGUACAAUAAGUUAUCGCCUGGGCGAGAUGUAGUUGAUGAAAUAAUGGAGCCAUCAGCUUCACAAUCUCAAGAUUGCGAACCCACUCCGCCUCUUCAUAGGCAUGGUUCGAAAACGAACUUCUACCUUCCUCCCGUCGAUUCGGAUUCUCCUAGGAACUAUCCUCCAAGGCCAAGAACAAGACUUGACAUGCCAGGCUCAAGAAGUCACACACCUGAUUUAGAAAGGGGGAUGGUUGGGGUCGCCCCAUCCCCUACGAUGCAUCAGCGCUUAAAAACAAUCGGAGUUCCUACUCCGUUAGCUAUAUCCAGCCCACUUAGAAGAUCAAAUCCCGGAACCCCAACACAGCCUAGGAGGCCAGAUUUUAUCGGGGUACCUGGCAACGGAACGAGUGGAGGUAAUGGUUAUUACGGCGCUGGUGGAAGCCCUCAAAGGAGGUUUCUGUCCGAAGGAGAACUGUUAAGGGGUGGUGACGGUUCCGGCAGUUACUCAAGGACUAAUAACACGGUAGAUAAUAUAAGAGAACUAGCCGGUUCGCCUCAGAGGGGUGUUUAUACAUGGAAAGAUACUUCUCCCUCAGGAUACGAUCAGUAUAGAUCCAAUCCUACUAGUCCAACAGGGCGUGGAUACUAUCGUCCACCGCCUCAGCCUGCUUAUCACCAUCAAUCGCCUCAGGCUAAGAGGAAAGCUGCAACACCAUCGGGGAGGAGACCCAUGUCUUUUGUCAGGGCCCUCGAGGUUUCAGAUUCUCUCGAAAUGCAGCAGUCAGCUGUACAAGAACGUAGGGGCACCACUCCUACUCCCGACAGAGCUUCUGUCUACGAUAUGAACUAUGAAAUAUCCGUAUGA